AUGGGGAGUGGAGCCAGUGCUGAGGACAAAGAACUGGCCAAGAGGUCCAAAGAGCUAGAAAAGAAGCUGCAGGAGGAUGCUGACAAGGAAGCCAAGACCAUCAAGCUGCUAUUGCUGGGUGCUGGGGAGUCAGGAAAGAGCACUAUCGUCAAACAGAUGAAGAUCAUUCAUCAGGAUGGCUAUUCACCAGAAGAAUGCCUGGAGUACAAGGCCAUCAUCUAUGGGAAUGUGCUACAGUCCAUCCUGGCUAUCAUCCGGGCCAUGCCCACACUGGGCAUUGACUUUGCUGAAGCAAGCUGUGCGGAUGAUGGGCGACAGCUCAACAACCUGGCUGACUCCACUGAGGAGGGCACUAUGCCUCCUGAGCUGGUGGAGGUCAUCAAGAAGUUGUGGAAGGAUAGUGGGGUGCAAGCCUGCUUUGACAGAGCUGCAGAGUACCAGCUCAGUGACUCGGCAUCCUACUACCUGAAUCAAUUAGACCAAAUUACUGCCCCUGACUACCUCCCUAAUGAGCAAGAUGUGCUACGAUCCAGAGUCAAAACCACAGGCAUCAUUGAGACCAAGUUUUCUGUCAAAGACUUGAACUUCAGGAUGUUUGAUGUGGGAGGGCAGAGAUCAGAGAGAAAGAAGUGGAUCCACUGCUUUGAGGGAGUCACCUGCAUCAUUUUCUGUGCAACCCUCAGUGCCUAUGAUAUGGUGCUGGUGGAAGAUGACGAAGUGAAUCGUAUGCAUGAGUCACUGCACCUGUUCAACAGUAUAUGCAACCACAAGUUCUUUGCGGCUACUUCCAUUGUCCUCUUUCUCAACAAGAAGGACCUCUUUGAGGAAAAAAUCAAGAAAGUCCAUCUCAGCAUUUGUUUUCCAGAGUAUGAUGGGAACAACUCUUACGAGGAUGCAGGGAAUUAUAUCAAGAGUCAAUUCCUUGACCUCAACAUGAGAAAAGAUGUCAAAGAAAUCUACAGUCACAUGACCUGUGCCACAGACACACAGAAUGUCAAAUUUGUAUUUGAUGCAGUUACAGAUAUUAUCAUCAAAGAAAACCUCAAGAACUGUGGACUCUUCUAAUUCUCACCAUUCCUCAAGUAUACGUUCUAUAAACAGGUUCAGAAUCUGGGUAAUUUCAAGCAGAAAAUUUUAGGUCAAUAUACCAUGACAAGAAUACAUCCAUUCUCCCUUGGAGAUGGAGUAUGUGUGAUUGCAAUUGUGUCCCAUACGUUCUUUUAAAAGUGGGAUAGCUAGUACAGUUUAAAGAAUGCAGGUCAGGAGUCAAAAGACCCAGGUUCCAGUACUGGUUCUGCCAACUUACUACAAAAAUGUAAAUAUUUCAUUUCUCUGAGCCUUGAGCUCCUUGUCUAUAAAAUGAAGAUAACUUCUCUAUACUACUUUACAGGGUUAUUCUAAUGAUCACAAACAUAACUGAAGGAGGGGAAGGCACAUAAAAGCUGUGUGGUUAGUGACAGAAAGAAAUCCUAUAUAAAAGCUCCCAUUUAUGAAAUUCAACACCAGGUUUUUAGAUGAAUUAUCCCAAACAAAAAAAGCAAACCUUCCCUGCAGUCUACAAAAAAACUAAUUAAAAACAGAACCUCACUAAACCUACCACCCCUUUUUACUAACAGACCUUGAUGUGCCUUAGCCCAGAGACCUGAAUCACCAGAUAGAAGAUGUGAGUUUCUUAGUUUCUAAGGUACACAUACAGAAAGGAUUUUUUUUUUUGGCUGCUCACACUGUUUGCAGGAUCUUAGUUCCCCAACCAGGGAUUGAACCCCAGCCCUCGGCAGUGAAAGCGCAGAGUCCUAACCACUGGACCUCCAGGGGAUUCCCCAAAAUGAUUUUUAUUAAGUACAGAUUAUCCCUCUGCUCCCAAACUGCCACAAAGACUGUGUUCCCUAUAUCUCUGUAAGUAUAGGGAUACUUAUCCCUGUAAGUAACUUUAUCAGCUAUACAAGACACUUUCUGAAUAAACUUGGAGGACAGAACACACUCCCACUUGGAGUAUUAGUGAUUUUAUUGCUGCCACUUCUCUAUCACAGAAUUUAGAAUAAGUGAGCAAUCCUAAAAUCCUUGUUUCAACCACUACAUGUUUCAGGAGAACAAAAAAGGCAGCUGAUUUUGCUUUAGGCACUGAAAAUCUUUGCAGUUGGGUCCAUGAGAUGCCUGGCUGAAAACAACAUCUCCCCAAACAGGCCAACAAUUAAAUUAUUCCCCGAACUCCUUUGGGGGGAAACAAAGCUUGUAUUUAUCUUGACAGGAGGUGGUGAAGUCAAGUAUAGAUUUAGCAUUUACAACUACUAGUGAGGAAAGCUCUGGGCAUCCAAGAUUUAGUAUAUAAAAGAAAGUGUCAAUUAAAAUGAAUAUCUGCUCCUUGCCAAAAACACACAUUCACACUUAGGCUACUGCUAGCAAUAUUGAUACUAGAGAGCCAUAUGAGCUUGAAGAAUACAUUUGCAGCUGUUAAAAUUGGAUUCAUUUAAUAGUCUUUCUGAUUCCUUGAAGAGAAACCAACUUGGGAAAAUACCAGAAAAAUAAGGAAAACUACUCUGUCUACCGCCGAUUAAAAAACUUAAGCCGAAGAAAAAAAUCUGGGUAACCCUUCUUGCAACCAAGCAUUGUUCAGGGACUAUACUAAAGGGCACGCUCCAACGAUCACUAACCUCUUUGCUUUAACUCAACAUAGAGGGGCUCUGAGUCUUUUUUUUUUGGUAUCAUAGAUCCCUCUGGCAGUCUGAUGAAACCUAUGGACCUCCUCUCAGAGUAUUUAAAAAUGCAUAAAAUAAAAUUCAGGGAAUUACAAAGGAAACCAACAUACUGAACCCAGUUUUAUCUUUGGAGUUCUGAAGCCCCAGGUUAAAAAUCUUUGCUAUAGCUAUGAUCUUAUCUAUGCAGGGCCCACAUGUAACUUUUCCCAUUUAUUCUACCUUCAAGUAGGGUAGCCCCACCUACCCCCAAAUCAUGCCAGAUUAUUUGCUUCUUUUAUUAACUUUUCCUUGAUCUUUGACUCUAGGCAGGAAUUGGUUAUGGGCCAAACUGUAAAAGCCCACCCCAGGCUCCUUGGUUAUUAAUGUUCACAUAGAACCUGCCCUACAGUACUAGCAUGAAAACAAAGCCAGUGGGACAGGUCUUCUGGUAGAACAAUCUCUAGCAGAAUAAAACACGGCAUUUUAGUAUUU